AUGCAAUGUCUAAUGUCUUAUUUGAAAUUAAAUAAUCGUAGAGCAGCUAGGGCUUUGAAUCAUCGUCCUACAUCGAUCAAUUGCUUGAGAAAGCUCUCGCCUCCGCUUCCUCUGAUGUCUUCGUUCAGAAUGGCCUCGCUGAACGUACUACCAAACUCACAUCGCUUCUUCACGAGUCCACUAAACGGUGCUUCUGCAAGCGAGCUUCUCUUCACAAUUCCAAAUCUUGGCUCCUUCCUACAGAACUCACUAUUAAGAUCCCUUGAACUUGGUCAUGUUGUUCGCUCAGAUAACUCUACUACGCCUUUGCUUACCGGAAAAUGUCUUGCCCCGCUAUCCGAUAAUGAUGGAUUUAUUGGGAAAUGCUUGAGAAGCAUACACCUUUACGAUGUCAAAUCUCUGCAAAACAGUCUCUCUAUUGAUGCGUUGGCAGCUUGUUCAAACAUCACUGAUUUGAAGAUUGUUGGAUCGUAUAAGCCACCCGAGAAGCUACUUAAAUCACUGGCAACAAAAUGCUGCUUCAUAGAGCACCUGUUCUUGGAGACCUAUGGUUUCCCUUCAAGUAGAUCAAGAAAAGUUUCAAGAGCCUUGGUAGAUUUCUUGACCAACAAUCCAAACUUAACCUCGCUAACACUCAUAGGUUUCAGACUAAAUGAUGCAACGGCCCAAAUUCUUGUUGAGAGUGCACGUAAACUCGAAUACAUGAAUCUGUCUAGAAACCCUACAAUCAAGGGUCACUUUUUGAGACAUAGUUGCAAAGACAGUUUGGUCAAGACUUUAAUAUUGCGUGACUGCCUUUUACUAGAGGAGAAAGAAGUUUUGCAGUUUCUGAAUUCGCUAUCCACAGGAAACUUCAGAUUUAUUAAGCACAUUGACAUUACAAAUUACCGUGGCUUGUUGUCUGAUGGCCGCAAAAGCUCUUUCAAUCCAAAGUAA